GUAAGUAUCCGCCGCCUGCAUUUGAGUGUGCAUACUGUAAGCCAUGACUAUGGUGUAAAUAGUUACUUGACUGACUCCAUUUAUUGCAUUGAACACUUUUUCGACCAUGGGAAACAGCUCUCCAAAAGUAAAAGAAAAACAUGAGGCAGAAAAGAAAUUGAAGCCCUGUUGCGCCUGUCCAGAAACUAAAAAAGUUCGAGAUGUCUGCAUCAUUGAAAAGGGUGAAGCAAAUUGUGGUCAUCUCAUAGAGGCACACAAAGCAUGUAUGCGCUAUUUGGGGUUCAACAUAUAGAAAAUAAUUCCCCGUCGCUGAAUAAAGAAACUGGUAACAUAUUUGUAGCAUUUUAGCAUCAAAUGCUCUGAAAACUUAAUAAAAUAUGUAAUACUUAUUAUUUCCUGUAAAUAAAGAUACAUUCAAA